CGUCUUCAGGCAGUUUCUCUCCGCGCGUUCAUCGUUACGGUUCAGCAGCAGCUCGUAUCGUGUCGCUGGUAUCGUGCCGUGCCGUCUGUCGUUGCGCGAGCUGCCACUCUGGGAUAGCCUCUGUACUCUGGGCGCUGCUGAUCUUCCUGAGCUGCAUCUUGGCUCGAGGGCUGGAAGUCCGGAUUGUUUUCCGGUGUUUGGGGCCAGUUCUGAACACACCUGGAUAGCUGGUCUGAGCUGGUGUAGCAGUGUAUGCGCUGUUUGUGGAUAGUGGAUAGCCCAGCUCAAGGUGGAAAGUUGCAGUUUCGCUGAGAUGUGCUGGUAGUGUGUAGUGUCUCGUCUGCGGACACAGUCUCCAGGGACCUCUUGGGGGGGCACAGUUCGGAUAACCAUAUCAAUCGUUCGGGGGCCCCAGUUUUGUCUGUCUCUUAGCGGUCAAGCUCCUCCCGCACAGUCGCAGGCUGAAGAUGUUAUAUGUGUACAAAUAUUUAGACAUAAAAUAAGCACAAAUAUGCAAAAGUGAAGAGGUUUUUUUUUGCUACUUCUCUCGUCUCCUUACACUCUGUGUACGAGAUAUCUACGGCCCGAAUCCACCACGCUCACACGCACAGAUCUGGUCUGGUACGUCACACACUGGCGUGUAGUGGACCCCGGAGAAGGUGAGCACUCUCAGCGAUUCUCCGGCGCUCUCCACCGCCUAGUUCGAGUCACUAAGUUGACCUGCUGGAGAGCGAGAGCACACGUGAGAGAUUGAGAGCGAAAACGUGCUCCAAAGGUGGGUUGUACUUCGGAUUGCUCGAAAAUCCCGGUGUUGACGCGACGGGUCGACGGGACACCUGUGUGCAGCAGCCAGCAUCCAGCAGGGUCCAGACCGGACCCAGGCCCCGGAGCAAUCGAGCGUUACGGAAAACGCGGGUGCGCGCGUGUUCAUCGAGUCCAAACCUGCUCAAGCUGGGGGUGGUGCAAAACUUCUUGCUCAAGCAGCAGCAGCAGCAGCAGCCAAAAACAUCUGUCGUGCGUUUUUGCACGUGUGUGUGUGCGCGUUUUUUCCCCGUUGGCGACUCGUCAUCGAAUUGGUGUACGUGUGUGUGUGUGUGUCGUUUUAUUGUUUCCUUUUGUUUGCUCCGGCUGCAAACACUGGAAGUUGUUGUGUAAAAAUAAGUGAAUGUAAAUUAAUGUUCGUGUGCGAGUGUGUCGUUGGGAAUGAGAAAAUAAAUUAAAAAAAAAUUAAUCGAUGUUUCUCGCGGCUGUCCGUUUGGUGAUAAUAAAAAUAUCGAAAUAAUAGCCCGGGUAUUACCAACACGAAUGCACACAUAAAUAUUGGUUUUGAGUGGUUCCGAUUGUUGUUUGGCUGUGAGGGAUUUGUGUAAAUUUAAAGGAGGUGGAAAAAUAAAAAUAUACGUGAAUAAAAAGUAGAAAUAUGUAUCAUAGCGUGGUGCAUUCACGUUGAAAGUAUAACAAAGAAGAAAAAGUGUAAGUGUUAAAAAUUGUGAAGAGUCGUGACAGCUGCCGUUGGAUAAAACAAGCGUCCAACGUGUUUUACACGGUGUUUCCCGCCCCAAAAAUAUCAAUGAAAAUGUGCGAAUAAAUUGCGCCAAUGUGUGUUUGUUGAAGCAGUGUUGCCAGAUGUCACCAGUUGCGCGCCGUGACAUCUGAAGGGGUCGUCCGCGAAUCACGUGACGAAGCUUUCGAAAGGUGCUCAAAAGUGUGUGGUGUUUGGUCAAACGGGCCGCAGAAAAGCUUCCAAGGUGGCCUCGUCGAAGGGAUCCCGGGGCGCCUCGUCGGAGGGUCGCUUGGCCACCGGCACGACGAGUGAAACGGGCGCCACCAGCCUGAGCAACUCCCGGCAGGGUUCCGUCGAUGGGUUGAUGCAGCGAUGCGGUCUCUGUUCGAUCAUCUCGAGCCUGCUGCGGCGGGCCAUGUGCGUCGGAUCGCGCCGUGGUAGCGGCGAGUCCUACUACCAGGAACUGGCCGAAACUAAUGUAUGUCGGCAGAAACCAAGUCUAACAGCCAGCAUCAUCCCAGACGUUGCCACGAUGGAAACCACGGACAGCUCCAGCUACAAACGACUGAUAUCUACGACAUCUACCGCGAUACCAACGACAGGAUCGCCCACGAUGGCCACCGUAACGGCCGGGGCGACGGUGACGGCGGCUCCGUACGCACCCCAGCGCCGCAUGUCCGACCAGGACCGGCCCCUGUUUGAGGCGCUCAUAGCGGACGACCACUCGGAACAUCCGCGGCGGCGGCACGCCUGCACCGGCCGCUUCCUGACCAUGCACAAACGGCGCAGAAAGAAGCUCAACACGCGCAGCCUCGCCCUGGACCAGGCCAUCCUGGACGACAUCCUGCACGGGCAGGUCCAGUGCAUCCUGGACCGGGUCGGCAACUGGCGCUUCAACGCUUUCACCCUCGAGACGGUCACCGGUGGACGUUCACUGCCUGUCUUAUGUGUUCAUUUGUUCCAUUGGUACGGCCUUUUGGACCACUUUAACCUAGACGUAGUUAGAGUAUGGAAAUUGUUUAGUUUAAUCGAGGAAGGUUAUCAUAGCACCAAUCCGUAUCACAAUUCAAUUCACGCGACUGACGUAACACAAGCAAUGCACUGUUUCCUGCAAGAGCGGCGCAUCCUGGAGAAUCUGAGCCCGCUGGAGAUCAUGGCGUCGCUGAUUGGGGCCGUAACGCACGAUCUGGACCACCCGGGCGUGAACCAGCCGUUCCUGAUAGCGACCAGCAACCACCUGGCGGCGCUGUACGAGAACACUUCGGUGCUGGAGAACCACCACUGGCGGUCGGCCGUCGGUUGUCUGCUGGAGAGUGGCGUGGCCGAGCAGAUCCAGGGCAUCCGGCCGGAGCUGGAAAAGCAAAUCAGCUCUCUAAUCCUGGCGACGGACAUCACCCGGCAGCAGGAGUUCAUCGCCAAGUUCCGCGACCUGUUGACCCGGGACUCGCUGGACAUGCGCAACCAACAGCACCGACACUUUAUCCUGCAGAUCUCGCUCAAGUGUGCGGACAUCUCGAACCCGUGCCGGCCGUGGGACAUAAGCAAAAAGUGGAGCAUGAAGGUGUGCGAGGAGUUCUUCCGCCAGGGUGACUACGAACGUCAGCUGAACCUGCCCGUUACGUCGCUCUGUGAUCGACACUCGACGUCGAUUCCAAAGAUCCAAACUGGGUUCUUCAAGUUUGUCGUGACACCGUUGAUGGACGAGUGGCACCGAUUUUUGAAGACGGACCUGUCGCACAGCAUGAUGCAUCACUUGAAGUUCAACCAGGUCCAGUGGGAGAGCAAACUUCAAGCGGAGAUCAACGAGGAAACUCGAACGGAGAUUUCUGACGCGGAGUUGCUCGAGGAGGAAGACGUUGAUGAUGGCGUGGACGAUCAGGACGAGCCACUGAACGAGCUGUCGGAUAGCUCGGAGGUGCUCAUCCCGAACGUCGCCAAGUUUGGACGGCGUGGUUCGCUGCAGAUCGGCGCCGGUUUCUGCGGUGUUCGCAGCGAGCGACGCUUCUCCGUACCCGUACACAGUAUACCGAAGAUUGUGCUUCCAGCGCGAGAACCACGAGACCACCGAGAUCUAUCCGCCCCACCGGAAUCGAUUCAGGAGAGCGACGAGCACAAGUUCGAUAAUGAUUCGCUGUCGAUCUUCUCGUCCGACAGCGACAGUCUUCAUCGAGGUGCGCGUGGAUCGUCCACCGGUAGUACCGCCGACCGGGAACGUCCGCUCAGUGCGGAGAACCUUCUUCCAGACUGCAGCAUCGCGUCCAUGACCGACGCCGUCUGUGGUGACCGACUGAAUUUAGUGCUCCACGGAGCCGUUAGCGUAGGAAAUACUGCGAAUCUUCUCACCGUUGGAACUUCCAAGCACCUGAUCCGUCAGCAAACCUUCCCACCGUUGCAACCGUACAUCCGCACCCGGUACAUGUCCUCGCAGGCCGAACUUGGUGCCUGUCCGGAGGCACUCCUCGAAUCCAGCAGCAGCAGCAACAGCUCUUCCACCAACCAACCGGAAGCGUUCAGUGAAUCUCGUGGCAUUCUGGUGUCCAUCAAGAAGGAGAGUGCCGCCAAACGCGAACAGGCGGACCCGUCCUCGGACAAGGCGGACAAAGCCAAAAUACCGAAGCUCUCUCUUGGCCUGCUUGGCAGCGGCGGCGGCGGCGGCGGCGGCACCGGAGGCGGCCAGAAGGAGAAUCUCGACCCGUCGAUACUGAAGCGAAGUCUCAGCCGGCGGCGCGGAUCUGCUCCGGUCACCGUUGCCCUUCCCCCGAAACCCACGGAACCCGAACUCAGCGUGUCCUUCGUCAUCAAGUCGUGCGACCUGCGGCGAGGUUCCAUGCCGGCCGAAUUCAUCACCAUGCACACAAAAGACCAACAAAACGGCGGAAACCAGCCGGAAGUCGGCGUGCCGAGCGCCCUUCCGAACAACAUCGGUCCGGCGUACAACAUCCAGCGGCGGGGUUCCGUCCCGUGCGACAGCUCCAACAGCAGCACCAGCGUCAUCAUCCGGAACAGCUUCGGCAUCAAGCGACGGAGCACGAAAAAGGCCAUGCGGCGGCGGUCCUCGGGUGGGGCGGAAAUUCUGAGUCCCAUUCUGUCGGAAGAUUCCACCGCCGCCAUCAUUGGGGGUGCCGGUUGCAGUAGUGGUAGUGGUGCGUCCGCUUCGUCGUCUUCCGCGUGGCAACGGUUCAAACGGCGCGCGGAUACGGACAAUUUGCUGUCGCGGCGGCGUGGAUCGCUGCCGGUCGAGGUGCUAACCAUUGGAUAUUCCGGAACGUUACGUCACUAGAAAACCCAGCAGCAAGUGUGGGGGCACAGUUUUAAACCCGACCAUCGUUAGCCAGCAGCAGCAAGCAGUAAACUAUUUUUCAGCACAGAACAGAUCAAACCGACCCCCGAUGGGGGAGGCAGAAACAUUAAACCAACCAACUUUGGCGCGGUCCAAUGUGAAACAGUUUAUCAUUUCUUUUAUUUAAAAAGAAAAAAGUUUGUUUUUUUUCCUGGAAA